UCUGGCACCAUCACGACGCCGGUGUACCUGUCCGGUAUGCCAGCGUUAUUACAGCAAUAACAUGCAGGCCAUCCUGAUUGAAACCACGGUUCUGUCUUUUCAAACGGUGCGAGGAGGAGAAUAAUGCGCACGUAGGUUUUAGUGAUUAGCUGCAGCGUGGCGCAUGUUUUCUGCCUCGACACAGGCUUGGGACACAAUUCAACCUUGACAUUUAACGUUAACGUUAGCCUGGCAUUGUGCUAUUUAACCGGCAGGCAUUCUUCGAGAAUAUUCUCGCCAACAUCUCAGGACUGUUGACACUGACAGCCAUGAAAGGGACCUGUUAAUACUUGGACCUGACGUUGCCUUGUUGGAAGCCCAGUUGUCAAGUGGAACACAGUGGUGGACUAUAACUUCAUACCAACAAUGAUUGCCCUGAAAUACCAUGUUUCCCUACCGGUGGCUGCCGGUGCCAUGUUUGUUGGGAUUCCUUAUGGCAUUUCACUUGUAGCUCAGUGGCUGUAUGGUUGGCCUAAUAAACCAGGUUAUAAGAAGUACAUUGAGGGUCUGAAGCCCAGGGUAUCACUUUCGGUCGAAGGGGCAAGAAGUUGGAUUUAUACCAUUCUCCAAGCAUGGAUCAACAUAAAGUCAUGCCUGUGGUUGUGUUUAUAUAUGGUGGUGCUUGGGGAUCAGGAGAGAGAAGCACGUAUUGUCUGCUGGCUCUCCAGAUGGCCAAGGAACUGAAUGCCAGUGUGGUGUGUCCAGAUUACUCAACUUAUCCAGAGGGGAAUGUGUUAAAUAUGGUUGAGGACAUAUCAGACAGCCUACUAUGGGUGAGAGAGAAAGGACAGCAGUUCAGUCUUGACAAGGACAACAUAGUGUUAAUUGGUCACUCAGCAGGGGCACACCUGUGUGCUCUGACAACGCUGUUCCUUAUAGACGAAACAGAGGAGCUCGGAAUAGAGGCAGCUAAACAAACAGCCAUUACCUUGGCAAUCAAGGGAAUCAUAGGGUUGAGUGGAGUUUACAACAUCUUGGACCAUUAUCAGCAUGAACAGAUGCGUGCUGUGGAGUAUGUCUCAACAAUGCAUAAAGCCAUGAAUGGAGUACAGAACUUCCCUUAUUACUCACCUACUCAUGCUAUUACAAAACUUGAUGGAGAAAAGAUAAAAAGAGUCCCUCCCUUUGGCUUGCUUCAUGGAACCAAUGACAUCAUAGUUCCAGUGGAGUCGUCGAUGAGGUUCUCUGAGGUCCUGACUUCCCUCUCUGUGAAAGUGUCUCUCUACCUGAUGCCCAAACUGGACCACACAGAGAUAGUAACGGAUCUGAUGGCACCAGACAGACAUUUUUAUCACACUGCUUAUGGCUGCAUCAAACAGGAGUAUAGUAAAUUCAUGGAAGCAUGUUGAAACACUAAAUCAUUCUCUUCCUACAAAUGAACCAAAUUCUGAAUAUGUGUCUUUUUUCUGACAUUUUUUUAACAACUUGCCUUUCUACUCAGUGCAGCAUUAAACUUCAUUGUCAUUCAUUUACAGACAUUCCUUUUGCAGUUUUACACAACAUGUUUACCUGUAAACAGAUACUAAUAAAUCUCAUUUGCA